CUUUCUUACGUAUAAUUUCAAUAUAUUCAUGUCCAUAACUUAAUCUCUAUUUAGCAACCAAAACGUCCUGCGUACAUCUUGAAGACCUGGCCCCUGCAUCAUUAUUGAAAUUAUUCACGACAAUUACACCGACGCAAUAGAAUGUCCCGGGCGCCGCUAGAGAAUGUUACUACUUUGCCUUCCGGCGAGCAUUCGCAGCAAGCAGAAUUUAUUGUGGCAACCUCACAGCUACCCCCGGAUGGCGGCUAUGGCUGGGUUUGCGUGCUUGCGCAAUUCCUUAUCAAUGGAUUUACCUGGGGUGUAGCAGCGAGCUAUAGUGUUUAUCUGGCAUACUUCUUGUCUCAUGAUCUCUUCACCGAGGCCAAACCAAUCGACUACGCUUUCAUUGGAGGGUUCAACUUUGCAUUUGCUUUACUGGUGGCACCAUUAGCCACCUUACUGAUGCGUCUGUAUGACGUACAAGCCCCGAUGCUUUUAGGUGUUAUCUCUCUUCCAGCCGGCUUUAUAGCCGCGUCGUUCUCUACUAGAGUUUGGCAUCUAUAUUUAUCACUGGGCGUAUGCGUUGGCCUCGGCAUUGGGCUCAUAUAUAUUCCUGCUACAUCUGUUGUCCCUCAGUGGUUCACAAAAAGGCGGAGUCUAGCUAGUGGAAUAUGUGCUGCUGGAUCUGGUAUCGGCGGUCUUAUCGUCUGCUUCUCUACGCAGGCCAUGCUCGACAGUCUUGGACUUGUAUGGUCUUUCAGAAUCACAGCAGUUGUGGUGUUUUUUGUUAACUUAGCCGCCACCCUUCUUAUUCGUUCACGGAACAAGGAGAUUGAGCCUGACCAGCGCAUGUUCAAUUUCCACCUGCUGGGAAAUUAUCAUGUUCAGCUUUUUUUAGGGUGGAGUAUUAUAUUGAUGUUUGGCUAUAUCACCUUGAUGUUUUCGCUAUCGGAUUAUGCCGUAGCUAUUGGGCGGUCAGAUCGAGACUCGGCUACAGUUGCGGCAAUACUGAAUCUCGGAGCAGCUCUAGGCCGUCCCGUUAUAGGGUACAUCAGUGACCGGUAUGGCCGAUUGGAAGUUGCUGGAAUUCUAACAUUUACAUGCGGGAUUCUAGUGUUUGCAAUGUGGAUUCCUGCGACCGAGUAUGCUAUUCUUGUUGCAUUUUCUCUGAUCAGCGGCGCGAUUCUUGGUGUCUUUUGGGCGGUCGCCGCCCCUUUAGCAGCAGACAUCGUGGGCCUCAAGGAGCUUCCGGCCUUUCUCUCUCUAACUUGGCUCUCCGUAGUAUUGCCUAGUGCUGUUGCUGAGGUGAUAGCACUUGAGCUAAGGCGACCUGGACAUGGUGCUCGAAGCUAUCUAUAUCCCCAGAUAUUUACGGGAAUUUCAUAUGUAUUGUCAAGUAUAUUGUUAUUUGAGUUGUGGAGAUCACGGCGAAAAGCCGCCAAUCUGGGGCGGCUCGGGUCUUGGCAAUCGGAACUUGGGACCAUCUGAUUUAGCUGAGCUCCACUCAUGUAAAUCUGAGAGUCCUGAAAGACCAGCGCUAUAUAGAAUUAAUAUCAUUGGGCCGCUAAUAAUAGUUAAGAAAGUUUGGAAGA